CUUUAUCCACUCCACACUACUCACACUGCAACUGAAACAAAAUGCAAACCCUCUUAAACCCUCACCCAAUCUUCUUCCUCCCUCCUAAACCCUCCAUAAACCCUAACACUAACCCUAAAUCACACAAAUUCUCCAAAUUUAACUUCAAUCUCACCUCCAAUUUCACCCCCAAAGCUUUCUCCGCAGACGAAUUCCCGGUCGACGAAGAAUUCAUCCAAAAAUUCGGCCCGAAAGACGUCGAAACCGAAGACGAAGCUCGUCGCCGCAACUGGAUCGAAGGCGGCUGGGCUCCAUGGGAAGAAAUCCUCACUCCUGAAGCCGAUUUCGCCCGAAAAUCACUCAACGAAGGCGAAGAAGUGGAACUAACAAACCCUGACACAAUUGAGGCCUUCAAGAUGCUUAAACCUAGCUACCGGAAGAAGAAAAUGGAGGAAUUAGGGCUAACUGAGGACGAAUUUUACGCGAAACAGUUCGAGAUUAAGGGGGAGAUUCCAGAGAAGUUGACGACUGCUUGGGCGGGGCCGUUGGUGGUUCGGCAAGUGCCGCCGCGCGAUUGGCCGCCCCGAGGGUGGGGGGUGGAUAGGGAGGAACUAGAGUUUAUUAGGGAGGCUCAUAGGUUUAAUGAGAGAGUUGAGCUUGAUCAGGUGGUUAAUGAAGCUAGAAGUGAUACAGAUGGGUUGUGUUUGGAUAGAUAUAAGGUGUUUUUGAAGCAGUAUAAUGAGUGGGUUGAAGCUAAUAGAGAUAGGUUGGAGGAGGAGUCUUAUAAGUAUGAUCAAGAUUAUUUUCCUGGUAGGAGGAAAAGAGGGAAAGAUUAUAAAGAGGGAAUGUAUGAGCUACCAUUUUACUAUCCGGGACAAAUUUGUGUUGGCAAAGUGACUACUUUGCAUCUUUAUCAAGGUGCUUUUGUUGACAUUGGAGGUGUACAUGACGGGUGGGUCCCCAUUAAACGAAAUGAUUGGUUUUGGAUCCGACAUCAUGUAAAAGUUGGCAUGCAUGUCAUUGUUGAAAUUCUGGCAAAGCGAGAUCCUUACCGUUACCGGUUUCCUAUAGAGAUGCGUUUUGUCGACCCUAAUAUUGACCACCUUAUUUUUAAGAGAUUUGACUACCCACCGAUUUUCCAUCGUGAGGAAGAUACUAAUAUGGAUGAGUUGCGUCGUGAUUGUCGAAGACCGCCUAUUUCUAAGGAUGAUCCGGGAAUCAAGGUAGAGGAGGAACCACUAAUAUGUAAUCACCCUUACGUUAAUACGUUGUGGCAAAUACAUGUUGCUGAACAAAUGAUUAUGGAUGAUAUGGAGAUUAAUCCCGAUAAAUACAAGGGUAGAAAGUUGUCAGAGCUAACCGAUGAGGUGGAAUUUGAUGAAGAGAACAGUGUUCAAUAUACUCAAGAUUAUUACAAGGAAAGUUUGUUACCCAAAACGAUUGUGAACGUGAGCAUAAAAGAUCUCGACUUGGAAGCUGCGUUUGAAGAGCGCCAGUAUCAUAAUGCAUUGAAAGCACAAGCCAUGGAACAAGGCGCAACGUCUUACAGAAUAGACAAGUUGAGGCGUAAUCAUGAAAUGGAUGAAUAUGAUUUAGUUCAUUGGCGUCGGUCAGUCGAGGAAAGAGAAGCUUUACUUAGAGACAUAAGCUGCCGAAGAGCGGUUGGUCUACCAUUGGAAGAACCUGGAAGGUACCACGAUCCAAGCACGGUUGCAAAAGACAAAUACGACCCUGAAAACCCACUGUAUAGAUACGACUAUUGGGGAGAACCAAAGAGUUCUGAAAAAACUAAACAAGAGCGAUUGAGAGAUUUCCACAACAAAGGAAUUAUAGGCAGGGGAAUGGUGUGGUAUGAAACUUCAUAUGAAGAUGCAAUGAAGAACCGGGACGAAACACGGGCCAAUGAAUUGAAGCAAAUGCAACACGAAGAGGAAGACGAUGAUGAUGAGGUGGACGACAUCAUUUACGAAAUUGUUUCAGAGCCACAGCCCGAGGUUAACGGGGUUCAAACUAAUGUUUUUUCGGAUGAAUACUAUGAUUAAGUAUUUGUUGUUGUUGUAGCAUGUAUGUAUAGAUGAUUGUGAGACAUUUAGGGUGUUACCAUGAGUAUUUUUGAACGUUUGGUGCUGAAUCUAUAAAUUUUUGUUUUUCUUUUUUA